CACUAAACACUGUUGUUUGUGCCAGCUCUCUGGAUAGAGGGGAUGGAGCUACUCUGCCUCUCUCUGGUUCUCCUCCGAACAUGGACAGCGUGUUACAGACUGGAGAAGCCAGUUCAAAGCGUGCACUCACCACUGUCCCUGGAAUUCCUGGGGGCACCCGUGCAGGAGCUGGGAAAAUCGGUCGCAUGAUUGCUGAGGAAGUGAUGGAGCUACAAAGGAUUAGAGGAUCCUCCCCUUCAAGCUGCAGUUCCAGUCCGCUUAACAUCACCAGUACCCCACCACCUGACACAUCAUCUCCUGGCGGAAAGAAGAUUCUGAAUGGUGGUUCUACAGAUGUGACGAAUGCAGGAGCAUUGGCCACGCAUGUAACAGACAGCACGGGCUAUCCAUACUUGGACAACACCUCUCUACUUAGUGGCAACUCUCACCUAGGUAUUGAUAUGAUUGAGGAUCGUUCAUCCAGUAGUCCCAGCAAUGACGAAGCAGCCAUGGCUGUGAUCAUGAGCCUUCUGGAGGCAGACGCAGGGCUUGGAGGUCCAGUCGAUUUUAGUGACUUGCCAUGGCCCCUUUGAACAAGUGGUUUAUACAAAGAGGAGUGUGUUAAGUUGAACACUGAUGAAACUUCUCAUCAGAACUUUUGCCAAUGUGUGUGUGUUGCUUAUUGACUUGCACGUAGCUGAAACACUCGUGUGGAUCCUGCAAAGAUGCUUCAAUUCCAUCCCAACCCAUUGCAUUUGUGGAGCAAGUUGCUACAUUAAUCUUGGUGAGUUUCCAUUGGGGAUGUUUUAAGCCUGUUUAAAAUUUUCUUGCACUUUCUGGAGCCUAACUUUGGAAAACACCAAGAUCCCCAUGUGUGCAAUCCUUUCUGCAAAGCUAAUUGUGUCAAAGUUUGUUUUUCUUGCAUUGUUCUGUCCCAUAUUAUAUAUAUAUAUAUACAAAUAUUUAUUGUAUUAGCCAUGAAAUGCUGCUGUUUUAAAAUUGUAGAGUUGAUCUGGUUUGCCAUUUGUACAGUU